GGACUACCUACCUACAAAUCAAUUAAUUAAAAAAAAACAAAAAAUGUUACUUCGUCCCCCAUCACCUACUUCCACCAAACCCCCCUCCAACCCUUCUACUACAACUUUUCGAGUACAAAAACGCCAAAAACGUUCCCCACACCAACUUUCAUUAGAAACAGAUCCAUUAAUUAGACCAUCAAUUAGUUCUUGUCUUUUUAAAUCUGAUGAAGUAGAGGAAGAAGAAAUUGAAGAAAUAGGAGAAGAAGGAAAUAAGGAAAUUAAAAAUAAUAAUAUUUUGAGAACUUGUUCGGCUCGACAAAUAAAUACUAAACAACAACAACCAACAACAAAAAGACCAGCAACUGCUUUAUUAAUUUAUUCACCUGAAGGAUAUGGAAAGGAUGAUAGACGAAGCCGGGCUAAUUCUGUUUAUCUUGUAAGAAAAAAAAUAUUUUUGAUUGAAAUAUAUAGCCGGCCUCGGGUUUAAAUAAAUAUUUGUAAUGAAGAAAGUGAAGAGUAAUUGUUGGUAUUCAGAGUAGAAACCGGACUGGGAGGAGGAUCGUUAGAAAAUCGAAAUUGUGAAAAAUAGCUAUCUUGUUCGAAAUCUCCUCUCGAUUUGGUUUCUAAUUUGGACU